GCGAUUUGGAAGCCAGGUUGGACGCUUGAGUAAUGUCCAAGAAAUUGAAUACUAGUGCUGGCGGCACUCCCAAGAACACUUUGUUCAAUUACUUUACCAAGUCGCCAGUAGUUGACAAAAACAAACUUACACCGAACAGAGCGAACGAGUCGCAAAAGGAAAAUCAACGGAAUGGAAAUGGGAAGGAUGGGCAAAAGGAAUCGAAGCCAGCUGCCAAGCGCAAGUUGUCAAUUUCACCCAGCACAGCUGCUAAUGGGGUAGACAGUGAGGAGGAGGAGGAGAUUGGGAAACUUAAGCGUAAGCGCAUUAUUUUGCCCGAAUCGGAGAGCGAAGAGGAGGAAUAUGAAUCCAAAUCGGAGGAGGACUUUUCGGAUGAUGGGUCCGAGUUUGAGCCAGAUGAUAGCAAGGAGGCUGCUGUCAGUGAGGAGAGCGACAGUGGCGAUGAUGAAGUCGAGUCAAGUGAACCCGAAUCAGAGGAGAGUCCCACGCCCAAGAAGCGUCGAACGAAGUCCGCCAAAAACCACAACAAUAACAACAACAACAAUAAUAACAAUGAGCCUCUUAGCAAGAAAACCAAAAUGGAUACAACUGUCUUGGCUGCAGGUGGCACAUUCAUGGAGAAGCUGCAGCAGCUGCAGAGCAAUGCCAAAAAGGAUGCCGCCUACGAUGAGAUUGUGACCACAACAUCGACAAAUCUGGAUGAGCCUGUUCUGUGGCCACAUCAGAAACUGGAAUUCCUUCAGCCUGACAAGAUUAAGGAUAAGGCUGGCAGACGACCCGAUCAUCCCGAAUACGAUAAGAGCACACUGCAUGUGCCAGAGAAGUUUCUGAAUUCGCUGUCGCCGGGCGUGCGUCAGUGGUGGAUCCUCAAGUCGGACAACUACGAUUGUGUGCUCUUCUUCAAGGUGGGCAAGUUCUAUGAGUUGUAUCACAGCGAUGCCGAUGUGGGUGUCAAAGAGCUGGGUUUCACCUACAUGCGCGGCGAAUUCGCUCACUCCGGCUUCCCAGAGAUCUCCUUCGACAAGAUGUCCACCAUAUUGAUAGACAGGGGAUAUAAGGUGGCUCGCGUGGAGCAAACUGAGACGCCGGACAUGAUGACGGAGCGCUGCAAACUGAUCAAGCCAACGAAAUUCGAUAAGGUUGUUGCCCGUGAGAUCUGCCAGAUUACGGAUAGGGGCACGCAAGUGUUUGGAUCUCAGUGCGCCAUUGGGCCCAAUCAUCAGCCCAAUUAUAUGCUGGCCAUAGUCGAGCAGGAUGAGGGCACCUGGAGCAAAUAUGGCAUCUGUUUUAUAGACACCUCCAUUGGUGACUUCCAUGUGGGCGAAUUCGAUGAUGACAAAAGCUGCUCUCGCCUGUUGACGCUGCUCUCGCAUCACAUGCCCGUCCUGUUACUUCAUGAGAAAUCAGCACUCAGUGCGCGCACCCAACAAAUUCUGCGCACAGUGCUAGGCGGCAUUCUCAAGGAGCAGAUGCCAGCCACUGGAACACAGCUUUGCAGCGCUGAGAAGACACUCAAGUUGCUUGCGGAACGCUACUAUGCUGGCGGUGGGCCGGCCGAGAACAACUGGCCGCUGGUGUUGCGCAGCAUGCAAUCGGAUACGGAUCACUUGGGCCUUACGCCCGCCGAUCACUACAAGCUGGCACUCAAGGCGCUCGGUCAGUGUAUUCACUACAUAGCCAAGUGUAAGCUGGAGCCCAAGGUGUUGCCAAUGGCACGUUAUCAGUUGUAUGUGCCGCCCGAUCAGCUGCAGCUGGAAAAUAUCCCAGCAGCGCUGGCUUCUACGUUGCGCCGUUCACACAUGGUGCUGGAUGCGACCACAUUGUCCAAUUUGCGCAUUGUUGGCGAGGAGCAUUCGUUGCUGUCAACGCUGGAUAAUUGCUGCACCAAGUUUGGCAAACGACUGCUGCAUCAUUGGCUCUGUGCGCCCAGCUGCGAUUUAACUGUUCUUCGCGAGCGGCAGCAGGCGAUUGGUGAGCUUCUCAGCAAGCCCGAUGAGCUGCAGCAGCUGCGAGCUUUGCUGGCGCCCAUGCCGGAUUUUGAGCGGCAUUUGGCUCAGAUUCAUCUGUUUGGCAACAAGCGUGUGGCCCAAGCAGAUCAUCCGGAUUCAAGGGCCAUUUUCUUCGAAGAGAAGCUGUACAACAAACAGAAGCUGCGCAGUUUCAUGAGCAUACUCAAGGGAUUUGGAGCAUUGACUCAAUUGCCGCUUAUGUUUAAGGACUGUGAAACAUCGCUCUUGCAACGCUUGACGCAGUUGCCAACCGAUGGAGGCAGUUUUCCCGAUCUCAGCAAGCAGCUGAAGUUCUUUCAGCAUGCCUUCGAUCAUGAGGCAGCUGACAAAACAGGCGUCGUUGCACCUCAGCCUGGCGUUGACUCUGACUACGAUGAGGUGCAGCAGGGCAUUGCUGACGUUGAGCAACGGCUGAAGACUUAUCUAACGGAGCAGGAGCGUCACUUUGGUUGUCGUGUCAUUUACUUUGGCUCGGACAAGAAACGCUAUCAGCUGGAGGUGCCUGAGACGCAUGCGCACAAAGUGAACAAGUCAUAUGCGCUUGAGGGGCAGGUGAGGGGCAAGAAGCCCGCACGUCGCUACACCACAGCGGAGACAAAGGCGCUGCUGAAGGACAUGCAGCAGGCGGAGGAGGUGCGUAAUGCAGUGCUCAAGGAUUUGGCUCGUCGCCUCUUUGAGAAGUUCUCUAAUCACUAUGAGCAAUGGAAGCAGUGCAUCGAUUGUGUGGCCAUGCUGGAUGUGCUCGCCGCCCUGGCGGAGUAUGCACGCCAGCAGUUGGUCAUCUGUGUGCCCGAGCUGGUCUCGGCACAGACACAACCCUUCAUUGAGCUGGAGGAGGGCUAUCAUCCGUGUGUGAAUCCAUCAACUUACAUACCAAAUGGGCUGCAACUGGGCACUGAAUCGGAGGCACCCCUCUCCUUGCUAACUGGCCCAAAUAUGGGCGGCAAGAGCACGCUGAUGCGCCAGCUGGGUUUGCUGACUAUCAUGGCACAAAUAGGUGCUCACAUACCUGCUGCCGCUUGCCGCAUGUCGCUUGUGGAUCGCAUUUUUACGCGGCUUGGGGCGCAGGAUGAUAUACUAGCCGGUCACAGCACCUUCUUGGUGGAGCUAAAUGAAACGUCGCUCAUAUUGAAGCAUGCCACGUCGAAUUCGCUGGUGCUACUCGAUGAGCUUGGACGUGGCACGGCCACUUACGAUGGCACGGCUAUUGCAGCAUCUGUAGUCAACUUUUUGGCGAGCUUGAAAUGCCGGACUUUGUUCUCCACGCAUUACCACAAUCUGAUUGAUUUCUUUCACAUGGAUAAGAGGGUCACGCUGGGUCAUAUGGCAUGCAUGGUUGAGAAUGAGGACAACACAGAUCCCACACAGGAGACGGUCACCUUCCUAUACAAAUACACAGCGGGUGCAUGCCCCAAGUCGUACGGCUUCAAUGCAGCUAAAUUGGCUGGCAUGUCCCACGGCAUUAUCAAACGUGCCUACGAGCUAUCUAAGAAAGUGGAGGCCAUUGCUCUGCAACGCAAAAUAACUGCCAAAGUUGUGGCAGCAUCGGUGGGAGAACCGAAGUCAAAGCAAGACAAGUUAAAUAACUUAAAGGAUUUAUUGCAGCAGCUGAAAAUGUGCCAUGUUUGAGCAACAAAUCAGUAGUAUUAUUCAUAAAGUAUCAUUCGACAUGAUGACAUUCAAAAGUGGAGGCUCAGAAUAACAACAAACCAUUUAAUUUUUUCUUUGUUUAAAUGUUUGCACAGCUUGCUGCGUUGGCUACAAUGCUUAAAAUAUCUUGUUUAAAUGUUUGCACAGCUUGCUGCGUUGGCUACAAUGCUUAAAAUAUCUUACGUAUACGUUACCCUGAAUUAUGGAAAAUAGAUUGUUAAAUUAUAUACAGUAUUCUUUUAAAAUUUAAGUUGUCCAAAAACGAUUCGAAAUGUUGCCAUUUGUUGUAUUUUGUUUUUUGCCAUUGUUUAUUCUUUUUUUAUUUGUUUUAUCACAGUAAAAAUUAAAAAUAAUUGAAUUCACAAUCAAAAUACACAUUUAUGAUAUUACUAAAUGCUUAUAAAUAAAAUGUUAUCGAAUAAAUAUUG